GCAGUAAGAUCUUCAAAAGUUAGUUGGAAUUUAGUCGUGAACGCGAACGCAGGUUUACCUACAAACGUCUCUCCCGUAUAAUUCGAAGUUUGGCUUUGAUUCCGAUUUCGAAUUCGAAUACGAAUUUAAACACGAAUAAUAAUUAACUUCUGAUUUUAUAAUUUUGUUUAAUUUUCAAAUUAACUUAUCUUACGGUUGUUUUCUGUUUUGUUCGCUUGCAUGUUACCGACGAUUGACGCCGACAUCACAUUAUUGUCGCGUGCAUAAUGAAUCGGGCUAGCAGCAGCAGGUAUCAAGCAAACGUCAUUGUCUUGAGGUCUUUUCGUGUCGCGGUUAGCGCGUUAUUGGUUUGCUUAUUCCAACAACAUGUCACGCUGACAGCAGCCAAAGUGUUUGAGCGCUGUGAAUUGGCACAAGUGUUGAGGUAUGGUCAUGGCGUGGACGUGAACGAUGUCGCUAAUUGGGUUUGCAUUGCGCAACACUCAAGUUCGUUGGACACGUCGGCUUUUAGGGGUAAUGCGAAGAUUGGUUCCCAUGGCAUUUUUCAGUUGAGCGAUGAGUAUUGGUGUUCGCCUCCUGGCAAGGGCGUCGGAUGCGGAGUGUCGUGUGAUAGACUUCGUGACGAUGAUAUAAGUGACGAUUUUGAAUGCGUUCGCAAAAUCCAUGCGGAGCACCAGGGAUUGUCGGGGGAUGGGUUUAACGCUUGGAAUGCCUAUCAGUUGUACUGUAAAGACAACCCGUACGAGUACAUUGAGGAUUGUUUCGGAAACGAGGAACGGGAAUACAUCCGCUCGAAGUCCAUCACAACGAACUAUGUGCGGGACGAGGAAGAGGAAUCAUUUGUGCCCACCGCCAGGGGAAAGGUCUACGGAAGGUGUGAGUUGGCGAAGGAGCUAUUUCUCAAGCACAAAAUUCCGAUGGAUGAAAUUCCAACGUGGGUGUGCAUCGCACAGCAUGAAUCAAACUACGACACCUCUGCUGUGGGUCGUCUGAAUGCCGAUGGAAGUGCCGACCAUGGUCUGUUCCAGAUAAGCGAUCUGUUUUGGUGCUCGAAGAAGGGUGGCCAAAGGAAGGCUUGCGGAGUGCCAUGUAGUAAAUUCCUCGACUCAGACAUCACCGAUGAUGUGAAAUGUGUGAGACAGAUUUACAAGGAGCACACGAGGAUAUCGGGGGAUGGGUUCAACGCAUGGACGGUGUAUAAUGCACAUUGUCAUGAGGCUUCUGAAAAGUACAUUCGGGGCUGUUUCGAUGGCAUUGAUAUUGAAGAACCUAAGCCCUUGGAGCAAUAUCGGGCUUCGGAACAAUAUCGGGCCUACACAAAGCCAAGUAAAGGAGAUGGAGGAAAGCCUCAUGGAAAGGUGUAUGAUGCAUGCGAGCUUGCAGAUGAUUUGCGGAACAAGUACCACCUCCCCGAGGAUCAAAUUGCCACAUGGGUGUGUAUUGCAAAACAUGAAUCAGGCUAUAAUACCUCAGCCAUUGGCUAUGGAGACCAUGGACUCUUCCAAAUCAGUGACAUAUAUUGGUGCUCUCCACCGGGCAAAGGUUGGGCUUGUGGAUUGUCUUGCUCAGACCUUGAAGACAGUGAUAUAAGCGACGAUGUCGCAUGCAUUCAGAAAAUUUACGACGAGCAUUUACACUUAUCAGGGGAUGGUUUCAAGGCCUGGACUGUAUACCCAAGAUUCUGCAGUGAAGGUCGUGCUGAAAAAUAUAUUUCUCACUGUCCCAGUUACGGUGGAAAUCUCCGAGGAGCCGCUUCCCAGAAUUCAUACUCCCAGCCAAUCAGUUCUAAUUCAAUCGAAGAUUAUCAGCCCGUUGCGAAGGGCAAGGUCUAUGGACGCUGUGAGCUUGCAAAUGAACUUGAGAAUAAAUACCACAUGCCCCCGGAAGAUAUUCCUACUUGGGUAUGUAUUGCCCAGCACGAGUCAAACUUCAAAACGUCAGCAGUUGGUCGGCUGAAUGCCGAUGGAAGUGCUGAUCACGGACUUUUCCAAAUUAGUGAUCUCUUUUGGUGUUCCAAUAAUCGCGACGAUUAUGGAAAGGCAUGUGGACUGCCUUGUAGCAAGCUUUUGGACAGUGAUAUAAGCGAUGAUAUUGAGUGUGUGAAACAGAUUCACGAGGAGCAUACAAGGCUUACUGGAGAUGGAUUCAAUGCCUGGUCGGUGUACAAUCCCUACUGCAAGGAUCAAUCGCAGCAGUAUACCCGAGGAUGCUCCGAUGGAAGUGCAUCAAUCGAGGACUUUGAACCCGUUCAGAGAACUACUCAAGAUUUUGGUUACCAGUCAAAGAACAAACCUAAAGGCAAGGUCUAUGAAGACUGUGAGCUAGCCAAGGAACUCCGGGACAAACAUCGCAUUCCAACAGAUCAAAUAUCAAGUUGGGUGUGCAUAGCUAAACACCAGUCUGGACUCAAUACUUCUGCUUCUUCGGCUGAUUCGCAUGGAUUGUUCUACAUCAGCGACGAGUUUUGGUGCUCUCCACCAGGAAAGGGUAAGGCUUGUGAGCUUAAUUGUGCAGACUUGGAAGACAGUGAUAUAACUGACGAUGUGCAAUGCGUGAAGAAAAUCUACGAAGAGCACCAGAGGAUCUAUGGAAAUGGAUUCAAUGCGUGGAGGGUUUAUGACCAGUACUGCAGCAAUGGGAAAGCUGAUGACUACACUCGUCAAUGUCAAGGUUUUGGAUCGACAUCAAGGAACUCAAUUACUUAUGGAGGAGCGAAGGAAAGUCAAUAUAAAUUUGGUGGGCGAGCACUUGACAUAACUAAGCCAGUCUUCGACAACGCGUACAGUGGAAAUCCCUUCCUGAAGCGUGUGAAUACUGCGCCGCCACCGCCACCUCCAAACCAAUUUGUUGCCAAUGCAAAUCCCUUCUUCAAUCAGUUCCAAUCAGUGAAUUUGUAUCAAGGUAGUGCCAGUGAAGAUAAUCCGUCAAUUAGCAAAGAGUAUGUGAAUAAUCCAUUUUUAAAGAAUGUACAAUCUGCCACGAAGAAACCGAUAGCAACAUUCCAGCUUCCAGCUACAUUCAAACCAGCUACUUUCCAACCAGCCACGUUCCCACCAAUCACCUUCCCGCCAGUGAAAGUGACUACAACAGCAGCCCCAUUGUGGAAGAACCCCUUCUUACAAACCACAACAGUAGCUUACCCAGUUUACAAUCCCUUCAAGGCUGCGUCAGUAAAGGCAUCGAAACGUCCAGGAAAGCCUUUUGCUUGGUCAGCUUCUUUGCCAACUAUGAGCGAGGAGAGGGCAAAAUAUGAAAUGUUCAAGACGUUUACUACUCCUGCUCCACCUGCUUUUACUGUCACACCCAAGGCUAAUAGGCUUCAACCCUAUCAUUUGAAUACAAUUCAACCAGAGAUUACACCGUUCUGGCUGACAACUACAACACCAAGGCCAAUAAACCCAAGUAGUCCUAUAAGUGUUGUGGCCAAUCCAUUCUGGCCUCCUGUAACUCAGAAACCAACGAGUCGUUUCCAAUUCUUCGAGACAACCACAAAAAAACCUACAACAACAACCACUCCAUUUUGGCGAACACCCCCUUCGACAACUUUGAAGCCAACCAGCCGUUUCCAAUUCUUUGAAACGACUCCUCAAAAGAGCGUUGCAGUAACUCCAUUUUGGUUGACUUCAACUACAACUCAAAAACCGACAACUCGCUUGAAUACAGUUUCGCCUUUUGGAGCUGUUCCAUUUUGGCUCGCUUCAACGACAAAAUUGCCACCAACUACCAUCCGAUUCCAAAACAAAACCUUACCGACGACAGUAAUACCUUUUUGGCAGACUUUACCAACGACCACACAGAAACCUACAAGUCGCUUAAGUACUGCUCUUCCAUUUUGGCAGACUACACCAACCACCAAGAAAUUGACUACAAAUAUUUUCCAACAAUAUCAAACGAAUACAUUUAGAUUUACCAAUCCAACAACUUCCACUACAAAACCUCCGAUAAGUUCCAAGAUUAUACCUCUAGCCCUGCCAACACUUCAAACUGCCCAAGUUAAGACUUCAACUAAAUCAUCACCAUCAACUACUACAAAGAGUUCAGCUGCUAAACAUUCUGGACAAUACGACCCGGGACGAUAUAACUCUGGAAAAUAUAAUUCUGGAAGAUACGAGGCGCCGAAAAAUAACCCAAGCACUUUAAAGCCCACAACACUAAAAACAACUACAAGGCCACCAAUCACAAUACGGACUACCUCGUCGACAACUAAAUCACCAUGGUCAACAAGAGGAUUUACAACAACGACUUCUAAGACAACUAAAUACGAUCCUUUCCGUCAGUUCCAGUUUCCACCAACGACCUUAAAGCCAAAAACUACAACAAAAUCUUCUUUCAAAACGCCAACAACUACUUGGAACAAUUUUACCAAGAAUUCUGCAACAGGAAACACAUGGAACUGGAGGUCUACAUCAACGACAACUCCAUUGCCAUCUGUCAACAGGAAUUAUUUCCAAUUCAACUCAACACUACCAAAACUAACUACUAUUAAACCUUCUUUAUCGGGAUCUUACUCAUGGACCACUUCAACGCCUUACAGUUAUCAAUCUAUCAGAACGACUUUGGCAACGACCAAGACUCCAACGAACAGGUUUUCCUUCCAGUAUACUACUCCGCUUGAAGCAGUGACUUCCAGUACUUCCAGGCUAGUGUCAAAACCAACAACCUCGCGGUCAUAUGUCGUUCCAACAAUAAGUCAAAUCCAAAAGUCAACAACCUUACCGACUGCCGCAGGUCUGCAAACAAUAAUUCCACCAUGGGCAGUAACUACAACUCAACCUCCGACUACAACUGUCAAGCCAUCAUCCGGAUCAACUUCCAAUUCGAAGAGUAACGUCUACGAUUUAUAUUUCAAAUUAUACGGUGUCCAGCCUCCUAGCGUAACCAAAACUGCUCGUUAAACAACAACAACUGUCACUUCGUCCGUAGAAACGUCAGAAUCGAAAGUCAAAAACCGUGAAACGAUAAAUAUUCUUUUUUCUAAAAAUGACGAUGACGGUUGAGUGGAUCUAAGUCUUAUUAAAUUAAACGAGUCUAGUUCUAGUUAAGUCAGCUUUUGUUUUUUGUUUUUAUUUUUUUAUUAUUUUUUUAUAGUUCCCGUCAACAGUUAUGUUGAAAUAGUGAUAAUUACUAUCAAAGCUCGACGGACUGAUUUAAAAUGCCAUAAUUAAAAAAAAUUAAAUUAAAAAUCGACAUCGAAAUCGAUGGAUUUAUAUUUAAAAAUAUUUUAAUUUUUGUCUGUUAUGUGCCAGUUUAUUUGUUAAAUCAUACGUUUUAAGUAGAUACAAUUAACUUGCUAGUUAGCUUAUUGAUUAAGAGUAUUUAGUUAAACUUAUGUCAGGAAUAAAUUUUCCUGUUUUAUAUAAAAUAUUGUAUAUUUUUUUACCAUAAACAGAAAAAAAAUGUGUUCAAGGAUUUAAUUUUAAAAUAAAUAAAUUAGAAUUGUUAAAAAA